GCCGCUCGGCCGCGUGCAGUGAGCCGCGCGCGGGACCUGGGGGCGGGGAUCACACGCAGCGGUUGCAGGGGUGCAAGCCCGGCGCGGGAGGGGGCGCGCUUUCUCCCUGCGGGUCUCAGUAAUGAGGAGACUGAGUUUGUGGUGGCUGCUGAGCAGGGUCUGUCUGCUGCUGCCGCCGCCCUGCGCGUUGGUGCUGGCCGGGGUGCCCGUCUCCUCCUCGCACCCGCAGCCCUGCCAGAUCCUGAAGCGCAUCGGCCACGCGGUGAGGGUGGGCGCGGUGCACCUGCAGCCCUGGACCCCGGCGCCCCCCGGCGCUCCGGACACCCACCCGGCCGGAGCCCAGCGCGAUGAGCCCGCCCCUGGCACCUGGCGACCCCCUGCGCCCUCUCCGGGCGCCCGGUGGCUGGGGAGCGCCCUCCCUGGCAGGGGGGCGCCGGGCUCUCGGAAGUCGGGGCAGGGCCCCGGGUCCGAGACCCUGUGGCCCAGGGACGCCCUGCUCCUCGCCGUGGACAACCUGAACCGCGUGGAAGGACUGCUGCCCUACAACCUGUCUUUGGAAGUCGUGAUGGCCAUCGAGGCGGGCCUGGGCGACCUGCCCCUCCUGCCCUUCUCGCCGAGCGCCCAGUGGAGCAGUGACCCUUUCUCCUUCCUGCAGAGUGUGUGUCACACCGUGGUGGUGCAGGGGGUGUCCGCCUUGCUCGCCUUCCCCCAGAGCCAGGGCGAGAUGAUGGAGCUGGACUUGGUCAGCUCGGUCCUGCACAUCCCAGCCAUCAGCAUCGUGCGCUCAGAGUUUCCCCGGGAGAGUCAGAAUCCCCUUCACCUACAACUGAGUUUAGAAAAUUCCUUAAGUUCUGAUGCUGAUGUGACUGUCUCCAUUCUGACUAUGAACAACUGGUACAAUUUUAGCUUGCUGCUGUGUCGGGAGGACGGGAACGUCAGCGACUUCCUCCUCCUCACCCAGAAUAACUCCAAGUUCCAGCUUGGUUCAAUCAUCAACAUCACCGCCAACCUCUCUUCCACGGACGAGCUCUUGCGCUUUCUCCAGGUCCAGCUGGAGAACAUUAAGAACAGUACUUCCACAGUGGUCCUGUUCAGCUGCAACAUGGAAAGUAUCCGGCGGGUUUUUGAAAUUACCACUCAGUUUGGAGGAGUUCCUCCUGAGCUUCAUUGGGUAUUGGGGGAUUCCCAGAAUGUAGAGGAACUGAGGACGGAGGGUCUGCCCUUAGGACUCAUUGCCCAUGGGAAAACGACACAGUCUGUCUUUGAGUACUACGUACAAGAUGCCAUGGAACUUGUCGCAAGAGCUGUCGCCACAGCCACCAUGAUACAGCCAGAACUUGCUCUCAUUCCCAGCACGAUGAACUGCAUGGAUGUGGAGAUUACAAAUCUCACUUCAGGACAGUAUUUAUCAAGGUUUCUAGCUAACACCACUUUUAGAGGCCUCAGUGGUUCCAUCAGAGUUAAAGGUUCCACUAUUGUCAGCUCGGAAAACAACUUUUUCAUUUGGAACCUACAGCAUGACCCCAUGGGAAAGCCGAUGUGGACCCGUUUGGGCAGCUGGCAGGGGGGUAAGAUUGUCAUGGACUAUGGAAUAUGGCCAGAGCAGGCCCAGAGGCACAAAUCCCACUUUCAUCACCCAAAUAAACUCCACCUGAGGGUGGUUACCCUCAUUGAGCAUCCGUUUGUCUUCACACGGGAAGUAGAUGAUGAAGGAUUAUGUCCUGCUGGGCAACUCUGUCUAGACCCGAUGACUAAUGACUCUUCCAUACUGGACAGCCUUUUUAGCAGCCUCCACAGCAUUAACGAUACAGUCCCCAUCACAUUCAAGAAGUGCUGCUACGGGUAUUGCAUUGACCUGCUGGAAAAGCUAGCCGAAGACAUGAACUUUGACUUUGACCUCUAUAUUGUUGGGGAUGGAAAGUAUGGAGCUUGGAAAAAUGGGCACUGGACUGGACUGGUAGGAGACCUUCUGAGUGGCUCAGCCCACCUGGCAGUCACAUCCUUCAGCAUUAAUACUGCUCGAAGCCAGGUCAUAGACUUCACCAGUCCUUUCUUCUCCACCAGCUUGGGCAUCUUAGUGAGGACCCGAGACACGGCAGCUCCGAUUGGAGCCUUCAUGUGGCCACUCCAUUGGACGAUGUGGCUGGGGAUUUUCGUGGCUCUGCACAUCACUGCCAUUGUCCUCACGCUGUAUGAAUGGAAGAGCCCAUUUGGUAUGACGCCCAAGGGACGGAAUCGAAGCAAAGUCUUCUCCUUCUCUUCAGCUCUGAAUGUCUGUUAUGCCCUUUUAUUUGGUCGAACAGCGGCCAUCAAGCCCCCAAAGUGCUGGACUGGAAGGUUUCUAAUGAAUCUUUGGGCCAUCUUCUGUAUGUUCUGCCUGUCUACGUACACAGCUAACCUGGCUGCCGUCAUGGUAGGUGAGAAGAUCUAUGAAGAACUUUCUGGAAUACAUGACCCUAAGCUCCAUCAUCCCUCCCAAGGCUUCCGGUUUGGAACUGUCCGGGAAAGCAGUGCUGAAGAUUAUGUGAGGCAGAGUUUCCCGGAGAUGCAUGAGUAUAUGAGAAGGUACAAUGUACCAGCCACCCCCGACGGAGUGGACUAUCUGAAGAAUGAUCCAGAGAAACUAGACGCCUUUAUCAUGGACAAAGCUCUUCUGGAUUAUGAAGUGUCCAUAGAUGCUGACUGCAAGCUUCUAACAGUGGGGAAGCCGUUUGCCAUUGAAGGAUAUGGCAUUGGUCUCCCACCCAACUCUCCACUGACCUCCAAUAUUUCUGAGCUUAUCAGCCAGUACAAGUCACACGGAUUCAUGGAUGUGUUGCAUGACAAGUGGUACAAGAUGGUUCCCUGUGGCAAGAGAAGUUUCGCUGUCACCGAGACUUUGCAAAUGGGUAUCAAGCACUUCUCUGGCCUCUUCGUGCUGCUGUGCAUCGGAUUUGGUCUGUCCAUCUUGACCACCGUUGGUGAGCACAUAGUGUACAGGCUGCUGCUACCCCGAAUCAAGAACAAAUCCAGGCUGCAGUACUGGCUCCACACCAGUCAGAGAUUACACAGAGCACUGAAUGUAGAAGAAAAGCAGCAACAUUUCAAGACGAAGCGUGUGGAAAAGAGGUCCAAUGUGGGACCCUGCCAGCUCACCGUGUGGAACACUUCCAAUCUGAGUCAUGAAAACCAACAAAAAUACAUCUUCAGUGAUGAGGGAGGACCAACCCAGCUGGGCAUCAGGACCCACCAGGACAUCCCUCUCCCUCCCAGAAGAAGAGAGCUCCCUGCCUCGCUGACCACCAAUGGGAAAGCAGAUUCCCUUAAUGGCGCUCGGAACUCGGUGAUGCAGGAGCUCUCGGAGCUGGAGAAGCAGAUCCAGGUGAUCCGGCAGGAGUUGCAGCUGGCCGUGAGCAGGAAAACAGAGCUGGAGGAGUAUCAAAGGACAAAUCAGACUUGCCCAGAAGCAGGUUCGCCACUGCCUUUGCAAGAUUAUAUCCCUUUGCUGUCCACAUGCAUCUACAAUGACGUUAGACGCUGUAGAGACUCUCCCAUAAUGCUCUGCACACCUCCCUGAACCUCUGCACGGUACAGGUGUACCUCAGCUCACAUAACAGCCACGCCCCUUCCUGAUGUUGCACACAGACAUUUUUAUAACACAAUCGUCGCAUUCUGAACGAACUUGAGAAGCUGACUAUCUUAAAGGAACCCAGAGGUGAAUUCUUUUGUAAAGAACCCUUUUGUAAUGCAAUUAAUUAUCCCUUAAUGUAUCUGUUUUGUAAGUCUGGGUUUUUGUAUAUCGGGUUUAUCUUAAGCAAGCUUCUCUCUAACGGAGGCAUUCUGAGCAGCUGUGAUGAUGCAUCAGACAGCCCUUCCCACCCACAGAGUAGAGGUCGAGUACAUGGCUCCUCAGGCAUUCUGGGAGGAACUACUUGACCAAAACUAUGGCCAGGAUGCAGCAAGGAACAGCGGGAGCUGGAAUCAGGCUGACUACUGAAUUGCUUGAAAUGCCUCUAUGUUCUGGACAAAUGAAAAAAACAAAAACAAAAAAAAAAGACCAUCACUCUUGUGGUGAAACGUAGCAGUCUUCAUGUUUAAGUCGUAACGGUGAUUUUUUUUCCCCCUCGGUAGUAGUUGAACAGUGUUUUGCAAUUUGUGAAACAGUGUGUUGUGUUUUGUGGAAAGAUUACAUGAAAUGGUAGGUCCUUUGAAAACCCUCUAUUCUCCACUUCUGUUCUCUCAGCUCCCUCUCAGGCUCACAAAACACACAAAGAUCAGAAGUCUUCAGGUGAGGGUGUCAUGUUAGUAUCUUAGUGAAAAAGAAAAGGGAACGGGAUGCUACCUUGCCUCUUCUUGUGGGGACCCACUUCCUGAGAUCAGAAAGGCCUUCACUUUUCCAAGCCCUAAUGCUAGAGAGCAUGACAGAGCUAACAGAUCUGUUUAAAUACUAGCCGAGGUCCCGGUGAAUAGAUGCGUGGAAGCAGAGGAGCAAGAAUGUCCCUCUGACCAUUACUGACAGGCCCUAAGAAUAACAGGGACAUCCCAGUGAGUCAGCCACAGGAACCCACUGGCUUGAGGUCUCUUAACGUGCCUGGAGUUGACUCUCCAUUAUUCAUAGAUCGUUUUGCCGCUGCACAAAGUCUAAACAAGGAGCUGCUGCUACCACGCCAACCAGAGAAGCAGUAGGUGGAGAAAGCGCCAAGUAGAAUAGCCCCAUUCCCAUCUGGGCAGUAGACGUCUCAGUGCUGGUGCUGGGUUAGUCAGCACCUUGGAAUUAGUAAGCAUUUCCUUGUGUGGAUAAAGGAGGAGGAGAUCAGUGGCUACUUUGGGGCCUCUUCCUCCCAGCUCAUAAUUCUGAUAGGCGGUCUAGGAAACCGUGACCAGUCUGCGGAAACAAUUGCUUUCAAGUCAUCCAAACCCCCUCACUCUCUGCAGUGUUCAAUUAUUCCUUUCUCCAACCACCCACACCAGACAACUAAACCAGGAUUCCUUUUUUUAAAAAAAAAUAUAUAUAUGUACACAUACAUAUAUAU